UCAACGACUCCAUCAUUGCAACGGAAAGUCUAUCACUCAUAUCUUCAAAAGUAAUAACUUUACAGACGAACUCCCUGAAAUCAUCUUGCUUAGAAACGUGUCUCAAUUCCAUCGUAGAGGGCGCAUUUUGCCAGGCAGUGACGAUGAACAUCAUUUCCUGUGAGUGUGUUCUACUGUUCUCUAACUACACUGGAUUUGAAAAUGUCCGGAUGGAUGCUGAGGCUGACCACGUGACAUACGUGAAACAAUGCUUGCUGAUAUCGAAGGAACAAGUACCACGUGUUCCGUAUGUAGAUGUCUGUCACCAGUCAUCCAACAUCUGUUCCACUUUGAAUCCUUCCGUUACAACCUCUAUAGACACAACCAGUGCUGUCGUUACCACUACCGGGUCUUCCGAUCCUGGUACCACCGCCACGAACACUACUGCAACGUGUGCACCAACCAACGAGACUGCCAAUUCCAUGCCCAUUUCACAUUUAGACAGAAGUAGCUGUGCUAUCAAUAUAUCUUGGGAAUUGCCAGCAAAUGCAAAUAUAUCGUUAAUCAUGCAGAACGUAGCCUUGUUAAAACAAGAACUAGAAACAAUGAAGAACAAUACAAGCCGGUACAAACGAAGGAAAGUCAGCUGGCCUGACGACCGAGUGGUUUCGAAAUCUUUAGGAGGGUUAGGUGUAUCAAUCCUUGUCUUUCUUUUUCUCCUAAUUGUGCUUUCCGAUGUUAGGGCUUUUAAAGCUUCAAAAGCAGUAAUGUCUGAUAUGACGUAAAUAUUUUUUUUUCAUUAUAUUUCCUUUCACAAUACAUAUAAUCCAUAAUGUAAAGUUAUUAUUGAAUUGUCUCUUCACUUCUGAAAAUCAGUUUCACUCAAUAACAAUGAAAUAGAUAAUAGUUACCCAUGACUAACAGAUAAGUUGAAUGUUAUUUGAGGUUGAUGCUUUUAAGCUAUGAAUAAUAGUCAAUUGUUUCUACGCUGGAGUACUUUUAAAAAGGAAUUGUACUCUCCUGUAUUAAGUUAUUAUUUAAGGUCAAUACAAAAAUAUGUGGAAAAAACAAGGGACAUAACACAUUUUUUAUUGACUUUGUGAUUUUAAUGUUAUUAUGUUCGUUUUGGUCUAUAACUGGUGUUACUGUCUGUAAUAUUACAAUGUUAAAAGUCAUAUAUAUUUUGUUCAAGGGGAUCUGCCCAUAUCAAUUAAAAAGUAUUUCUAUUA